CUGGGAAACUAGGUUGCGUACGACGGGAGCUGCUAUUCAAAUCUACUGAGCAGACGGAAAAAACAACUUGAAAAGCGGACAAAAAACGGUACGGCACAAGAGGAGAUGAUUAGAAGAUUAUUUUCGAUUUGAAUCGAGGUAGAAACCAAGGUUGCUGAAGGAAAGACAGUAAAGACGUACUGAGGAUGUUGAGCGCCAUAGAAAGUGUUAAAGGACACAAGUAUCCAGCCAAAGCACACGCAGAAAAUGUUGUAAGACAUUUGCAAUCAAAAAUCAGUUCAGAAGAGGCUGACAAGAGUGCAGUCUUCAUAUCUGGAGAGGAUUUGGAGCUAUACCAGUACUGUGACCAGACCAAGCCGGUCAGACAAAACCGUUAUUUUUUCUAUUUGACGGGAUGUGAUAUUCCAGGGAGCCAUGUCUUGUACCAAGCGAACAAGAAGCAGUUGACUCUUUAUUUGCCCGAUAUUGACUAUGACGACGUUAUGUGGUCUGGAUUACCGCUCAGUCUUGCGGAUGCUGGCGAAAAGUACGACGUGGAUCAAGUUAAGUAUGCAUCCGAAUUGAAGGAUGAUUUAGCUCGCUUGAAAGGGUAUAGUAUUUUAACCACCGACAUUAAUCAAUUCAACUCCAAAUAUCAAGAAUUUUUGAAAGCCGGUGAUGAAAACCUCUUCUACGCAUUGGACGAGUCAAGAAUGAUUAAGGAUUGGUACGAGAUUGAGUUGAUGAAGCACGCAGCUAAAAUCACCGACAAAUGUCAUUUGGCAGUCAUGUCUGCAUUGCCAAUAGAAACCAACGAGACUCACAUCCAUGCCGAGUUCAUGUACCAUGCCAUUAGACAAGGGUCCAAGCACCAAUCCUAUGACCCUAUUUGCUGCAGUGGGCCUAGCUGCUCAACAUUACAUUAUGUAAAGAAUGACGACGAGAUUGAUGAAAAGAAAAGAUCCAUUUUAAUCGAUGCUGGUGCCGAAUGGCAGUGCUAUGCCAGUGAUGUGACUCGCUGUUUCCCCAUUAAUGGCGAUUGGUCCAAGGAGCACUUAGACAUUUACAAUCUUGUCUUGAAAAUGCAACAGGAAACCAUGAAACUUAUCAAACCCGGUGCUUUAUGGGAUGAUAUCCAUUUACACGCCCAUAAAGUUAUGGUUGAAGGCUUCAUCAACUUGGGUAUCUUCAAAAAAGGAUACUCGGUACAAGAGAUUUUUGAAAAUAAAGUAUCGGCAAGGUUCUUCCCUCAUGGUUUGGGCCAUUUAUUAGGAAUGGAUACCCAUGAUGUUGGUGGACAUCCUGAUUACAAUGAUCCCGACCCAUUACUAAAGUAUUUGAGAUUACGUCGCCCAUUGCAAGAAAACAUGGUUCUCACCGAUGAGCCAGGGGUCUAUUUCUCCCCAUUCUUAUUAGAAGAUGUCUUAAAAGAUGAGUCUAAAAUGAAAUACAUCAAUAAAGAUGUCUUAGAUAAAUACUGGUAUAUUGGUGGAGUCAGAAUCGAAGACGACUUACUCAUUACAAAAACCGGCUUCACCAAUCUCACCUCCAUCACCUCCGACCCUAACGAAAUCUCCAAAAUCGUCAAGGCCGGUUUGGCAAAGGGGAAGGAUGGGUUCCAUAACGUUAUUUAAAUAUAUAUAUAUAUGAUACACCCGUACAUCCC